CGAGUUCGGCCUUGAACCACGUGACGCCUGUCCCAUUUGACGUUGGCGAGCCUGAGCGAUGAUAUCACGAGCGGGUUACGUGACGGCGUGACCACUCUACUCAUGUCCGCCUUUAUAAUUCGUGACGAGUCACAUUCUAUGCACAAUUACCUACCGCGUUAAUCUCCUUUGUUCAAGAGCCAUGCGGAGAAGUAAAACUGAAGUGGACCGGUACGUCGCCUGCGCACAGACGUCCUCUCCCUCACUCAAGGAGCGCCCUGUCAAAGGAUUUUUAUUUGCUAAACUUUAUUUUGAAGCAAAAGAGUAUGAGCUGGCUAAAAGACAUGUAUCAGAGUAUCUUAAAGUCCAGGAGAGAGAUCCCAAAGCGCACAAAUUCCUUGGACAGCUCUAUGAGAGAGAGGGAGAUGUCAACAGGGCGGUAGGAUGUUACAAGCGCUCUGUGGACUUAAAUCCGGCCCAGAAAGACCUGGUGCUGAAGGUGGCUGAGUUACUAGUCAGUAAAGAGGAAAGUGACAGCAGAGCUGAGUUUUGGGUGGACAAGGCUGCCAAGGUGUUGCCAGGGAACCCGACAGUGUUCAACCUGAAGGAACGUCUGUUGAGUCGUCAAGGUCAGCAGGGCUGGAAUCGACUGUUCGACCUCCUUCAGGCUGAGCUGGCAGCACGACCAGGAGACGCGCACGUCAAUGUGAAGCUUGUCCAGCUUUUUUGUCAGGACGGUCGACUGGAGGAGGCAGUUAAGCACUGUUUGGCCAAUGAGAGAAGGGGCUUGAUGCGCCACAGUCUGGACUGGUACACUGUGGUGAUACAGACACUUCAGGACUACCUGGCACAGCCCAGCAUGUCUAGUAAUGACAAGAUGUGUCGACGUCUUCAAAGAGAGUUGCUUUUGGCCCACUGCAACCUUGUAAGAAUCACACUAUCUGCAGGCACUGUGCAGUCCUGCCUUGACGCUAUCACGUGUUUUGACCGUAUAAUGCAGAAGCUGAGCAGUGUUGCAAGCCAAGACACUGAUGAGCUUUGUGAAGUGUUUGUGGAGAUGCGAGCUCACCUGUACCUGCACAGUGGCACAUUCCUCUUGAAGCUGGCUCAAGAGCGCCACCAUACAUGGAGGGCUGUCAUUGACCUGACGACGCUCUGUUAUUUGUUGGCCCUCCAGGUUCCCAGACCCAAGCCAAAGGGGACCAAGAGAGAUCAGUCAGCCCCGCAACUUCUCGAGCUGCUGGCUAACGACAGACAGAGUCAAGCCGGCCACAUGCUGCUUAAUCUCAGCACUGAUUCAGGCAGCUUGAUCAGAGAGGUGGUGGAGGUAUUUGGCAAUCGCAGCGGUCAGGACUCUUUAGUUGAACUACUGUUUGGAACCCAGGCCUCGACUGGGUCCUCUUUCAUUGCUAAUGAUGACAUCCAUUUUAUUAGUGCACAAGCUCCAGACAUUUCUCAGCUGGCCAAGUGUGAUGCAGGGUCUAUCCUGUUGUAUUGCGGUGAUUUGCAACAUCUGAGCUGGUUAGGCUUGCAGUGGGCCAUGUUAGGUCAAAGGCCAUCUUUGCGGGCCUGGCUACACCAACUUUUCCCGAGACUUACGCUUGAAACUUCCAAACUAGACACAAAUGCGCCAGAGUCCAUCUGCCUUCUGGAUUUGGAGGUAUUUGUACAUGGCGUGGUUUUCUGCAGCCAUAGUCAGCUACAGGAGACAGCAAAGAUAAACAGUGGAAUAAACCAGCAGCAACAUCAGCUGUAUGAGCCUCGCUGCCUCCCUCUUCCUCUCCUUCGCCUCUUGACCACAGAGAGACAGAGGGAGUGGUGGGAUGCCAUCUAUAGCCUCAUUCACAAACGAGCUGCUCCUGGCAUGUCAGCCAAAUUGCGAAUGAUAGUACAACAUGGACUGAACACAUUGCGAGCCAGAGAGAAACAUGGGUUGCAUCCAGCAUUGGCCAUCUAUUGGGCUCAGUGUCUCAGUCAGACUGGCGAUGGCAUUAACUCAUACUAUGACCAGAAGGAGUACAUUAGUCGAAGUGUCCACUACUGGAAAGUUGUCCUCCCACUGUUGGACAAGAUCAAAAGCAGAAGAAGCAUACCAGAACCUCUCGACCCCCUCUACAUACACUUUCCAUCCAAAGAUAUUCAGGUCUCUUCUGUUAAGGGUUUUGAAGAAGAAGCCAAAAUAUCAUAUGCAAGUCUACUUGACAUAGAAGGCAAGACGGAGGAGGCCAUUACAACUUUGGAAUCAAUCAAUAACUUGUCAUCUGUCUGGCAUUUGGCUCAGAUCUACCAGCGGCUGUCUGAGGAGGCCAGCAAUGGAGUUGAGGAGACACAGGACAGAUGCAUCACUUUUCUGAAAAAAUUCAGGGUUUACCUCUCAAAGAUAUACAAUGCCAAUGCGGAUGAAGUUGAAAAACUUCCAGUGUCCAUGGAGGAUGUUGUGGACCGUCUAAAUGAUGUGAACCAGCAACUUGGCGAGAGUGGAGAGGACGAAGAAGAGGAGAAGAAUGAUAGUCGUAGAGGACCAGCCCAUUCAAGCCCUGCUUAUACUGCAGAUUCAAGUGCCACCAUAUCUCACAUUAAAUUUUCCUCUCCCUCCCCAAACAAAAAUAUCUCUCCUUCCAAAAGGCACCUGAUUUCUCAAAAGACACCACCACACUGGGUGGAGGACCAGAAAAGUCUUCUCCAAAUGCUGUGUCAGCAAGUUGAAGCCCUUAAGAAUGAGGUCCAUUACCUGAGAAACAACUCUUCAGCAAAUGUGAGCUCUCCCCAUCACAAAAUGUAUGCUGAGAGCUAUGGUGCUGAAGGGCUCCAGGAGUCUUUCACACCUGCGCAGUCCUACCAUGGCGCCCCCUUGACAGUUUCCACUACAGGUCCCUCUGGGUAUUACAAUCAGUCUCCAGCAUACAAUUCUCAAUAUCUCCUGCGCACAGCUGCCAAUGUAACCCCCGCAAAGUCCCCAAUUUAUGGUAUGAACCGUCUGCCACCUCAGCAACAUAUGUAUGCCUAUCAGCCCCCGACCCAUACUCCUCCAAUUCAAACCGGUCCUCCCUGCUUAUACCCUCCUCAAGAACAGGGCUUCACUGCCCCUCUUCGCUUUGAAUCACCAGCAACAAGCCUUCUCUCCCCAUAUAGUGAAGAAUAUUAUAGGCAGAGUGUCACUCACCAAAAUACCAAUCCUCCUCUACCCGAACCUGGUUAUUUCACCAAACCAUCUGUAAUCCCUGCUCAUCCACCAAAGAGCAUUGAGGAGAAACCAGUGGAUCUUGGGAAGUUCUCCUUUAGCCAGCAGACACCUGCUGAAGUCACAAAAGUUCCUAAUUUUGGAACAAGCACAGUUUCGCAGUCAACACCAUCAACUGCCUUCAAAUUCAACUCCAAUUUUAAAUCCAAUGAUGGAGACUUCACUUUCUCAGCAUCCCAAGCAAAACACAGUGAAAGUUUGCUUGGCCUUCUUACAUCUGACAUACCAGCUACUAAAACUGAUACUUUGCCGGAGAAGCUUCCAGCUCAAGAGCAGACUUCAGGCCAAGCAAGUAUUUUCACUUUUGGCAAUAAAAACUCAUCCGGCUUCUCAUUUCCUAAUACAGCGCAAAGCACAGGUCCGAUGGGUCUGUUUGGAAAAGUAGAUCAGCCAUUUAAAUUUGGAGAUGUUGCCAAGCCAGUAUUUGGUAUCACAAAGUCUGUAACUAAAGAAGAAAAUGCAGCCGAUAGUGACGAUAGCACUCAUGCUGAAGAUGAUGAUGAUGAUGAUGAUGGCCCUCACUUUGAACCCAUUGUACCUCUUCCUGAUAAGGUUGAUGUGAAAACGGGUGAGGAAGAGGAGGAAGAGUUGUUUUGCAAUAGAGCAAAGCUUUAUCGAUUUGACACAGAGACAAAAGAGUGGAAGGAACGUGGGAUUGGCAAUGUUAAAAUCUUGAAACAUAUCACUACAGCGAAGAUUCGACUCUUAAUGAGACGGGAGCAGGUCCUCAAGAUAUGUGCUAAUCAUUACAUUACCACUGAUAUGAAACUGAAACCAAAUGCUGGUUCUGAUAAAUCAUGGGUAUGGAAUGCCAUUGAUUAUGCAGAUGAAAAGCCUAAGCCUGAGCAACUCGCCAUACGCUUCAAAACAAUGGAUGAGGCUUUGCUGUUUAAAAGUAAAUUUGAAGAAGCCCAAAGCAUUGUGGUGAAAUCAAAAGAGAAGGAGCAGGAGAAGAAAGAAGUUGUAAAAACUUGUAAUCCACUGGAAAGUCUGACAGCAAAGUUCGCACUUAAAGAAGGUGAAUGGUAUUGUACUGUCUGCUGUGUGAGAAAUAAGCCCAAAGAUAUUCAGUGUGUUUCAUGUCAAAGUGCCAAUCCCAAUUCCUGUACAACUCAAGACAUGGAUUCUAAUGAAACAAAAGUCACUCCUUUCACUUUCAAAUUUGGGACAUGUGAAUCAAAAACCAGCAUUUCUGGCUCCACAUUUCCUGGAUUCAGUGCUUUCGGAACGUCAUCCCCUUCAUCCUUCACAUUUGGCAUAAAUUCUAGUAAACCUGCGGACACAAUAGUCAACCAAAGUACGUCACCAAACAAGAACUCUGAAUCCAUUGUGAGUUCUGGGUUUGGCAGCCAAUUUACAAAGAAACUAGAUCAGUGGGAGUGUGCUGUAUGCUAUGUAAAAAAUGAAGCUAAUUUAGAGAAUUGUGCUGCCUGUACAAAUCCAAACCACAGUACUAAAUCAAAAGAAGAUGCUCCUGUUGUUGCGAAUCUAUCUACAGUAGCAGUUUCGGGUUUUGGAGCUGAUUUAGCAAAGAAGGAUGGGCAGAAGAGUACAUCAUUACAAGCUAAAUUUCCCAAGGCCGAUAUGUGGGAGUGUGACACCUGUAUGUUGAGAAAUGACUCCACGAGCAGUAAAUGUGUUGCCUGUCAGACACCAAAUCCUAAUGUGAAAAGCACAAAUACUACGACUAUAUCACCUUCCACCUUUAGCUUUAGCUUUGGAGUAAAGACAACAUCAGGCGUGCCGACCGGAACUGGCUUCACUGCACCUUUUGGAGGUGGCAGUUCAUUUCAGUUUGGGCAAAACAAAGUUGAAACUUCUCCUGCUUCUUUCAAGUUUGAAGCUUCCCAGUCUGCUCCAAGUACAAGUUCUUCUGGAUUUUCUUUCUCCAUGCCCAUGCCUGCAGGUGGCUUUACAUUUGGCAUUCCGAGCACUACAAAAGAUGAAACUGAAAACUUAACCUCAGCUGAACAAAUUGUUUCAGGUUCAGCCUCGAGCUUUCUUAAAAACAUUGCUGAUAAACAGAAGGUGAAAGAAAAUGAUUUUAAUAACCCAGACGUCAGUCAAGAGCUUGAGACAAAUCCAUUAAUAUCUGGUAAAACUAAUGCUUUUAGCUUUGCAGAUCUGGCAAAGUCUUCUGGAGGAGACUUUCAGUUUGGCCAGAAGGACCCAAGUUUCAAAGGUUUCUCUGGCGCUGGUGAACAAGUGUUCUCAUCAACGCCCACCAAGAUGAAUGCCACAAACGAGCAGGGGGAAGAUGACAUGUAUAAAACUGAAGAAAAUGAUGAUAUCCAGUUUGAACCAGUGGUUCAAAUGCCUGAGAAAGUUGAGCUUGUCACGGGGGAGGAGGAUGAACAGGUUCUUUAUUCCCAGCGUGUCAAACUGUUCCGGUUUGACGCAAACACCAGUCAGUGGAAAGAGCGUGGAGUGGGGAUCUUAAAAUUCUUGAAGAACAACUCUAACGGAAGACUGAGGGUUCUAAUGAGAAGAGAGCAAGUUCUGAAAGUGUGUGCUAACCACUGGAUCACUACAACAAUGAAUCUCAAGCCUCUAUCGGGCUCAGAUAAGGCAUGGAUCUGGAUGGCAAAUGAUUUCUCUGAUGGCAAUGCCAAACCUGAGCAGUUGGCUGCCAAGUUUAAAAGUACAGAGCUCGCUCAAGAAUUCAAGACAAAGUUUGAAGAAUGUCAGCGUCUCCUCUUGGACAUCCCCCUGCAAACUCCACACAAAUUGGUUGACACAGGCAGAACUGCACAUCUGAUUCAGAAAGCUGAGGAAAUGAAGUCUGGUUUGAAAGACCUGAAAUCCUUUUUAACAGAUGAUAAAACAAAGAUGCAAGAUGAUGACAGCCAGUUACAGUCCACUAAUGUGAAGUCCAUGUCAAGUGUUUUAAUCAAGCCUCACAAUGAAACCACUGGCCCUACUUUGGAGUGGGAUAACUAUGACCUAAGAGAAGAGGCUUUGGAUGACACUGCCGAUUCGUCAGUCUAUGCCUCUCCACUCUCCAGCAGCCCUCUAAGAAAGAAUCUUUUCCGCUUUGGGGAGUCCAUGGGUGGCUUCAGCUUCAGCUUCCAACCUGGCAUAAGCACCUCCAAGUCUCCUGCCAAGCUUAACCAGAGCAGAUCCUCAGUGGGCACAGAUGAUGAGCAAGAUGUUACACAGGAAGAGGAGCGAGACGGUCUGUACUUUGAACCUGUAGUUCCCCUGCCUGACCUGGUUGAGAUUUCUACAGGUGAAGAAAAUGAACAAGUUGUCUUCAGUCACAGAGCCAAACUCUAUCGAUAUGAUAAAGAAGCGAGUCAGUGGAAGGACAGAGGUAUCGGAGAUCUCAAAAUCUUACAAAAUUAUAAUACAAAACGUGUAAGGUUGAUUAUGAGAAGGGACCAGGUACUUAAGAUCUGUGCAAACCAAUGGAUUACAGCAGCCAUGAAGCUAGAACCUAUGAAGGGUGCGGAGAAGGCCUGGGUAUGGAGUGCACUGGACUUUGCAGAAGAAGGAGAUGGCAAAGUGGAGCAGCUGGCUGUGAGGUUUAAAAUGCAGGAAACGGCAAACAUAUUUAAGCACGUUUUUGAUGAGGCCAAGAUUGCUCAGGAGAAAGUGGAAUUUAUGACUCCCGUGAAAUCUAUAAUUUCUCAGGACAGUGGAGAUUCAUCAAAAACUCCUAAAAGUGUUUGUGGGAAGGCAGCUAUUGCUGUUUUGGAAGAGACCACCAAGGAACGCACUGAACUCUUCAUUGAUAAUUUCUCCGGGUCCCAAAGUCCAGUCAAUCCCACCAAGUCUGUGAUGUCGCCCCCUAAGUUUGUGUUCGGAUCUGAUAGUCUUCAGAAGAUCUUUGGGAGUCCAAAAUCAAACUCUGAUAGUGGUGAUUGUGAAGCCAGUUUGAAAGCUAAAGAUCCUCCACAUCCUACUAAGGGCUCAUCUGCGCCACCUGCAUUCAAAAUUCCACAGAAAGCAGAUAUCACACCCCCGAGAGCCAUAUACCCCACUGUAAUCGGAUUCAGCAGUGCAGGGUCAGAUGAGGACUCAGAGGUGGAGAUCGUGUAUGUCAGGGAACCCACCACUGAACAAGCUGCUUUAGCCAGGAAAUUACUCCUGCCACUCACCUUUUUCUGCUACCAGAAUGAACCAGGAUACACGAGCGACAAUCAACCUGAUGAUGAGGACUAUGAGUCUGCAGUGAAAGCCUUGACUGGAAAGCUUUACCCUGAUCAUCCUGAAAGAAAAGACAUUAAGUCUGCUAACGAACCUGACUGCCAGGUUGUUUGGGAGAAAAAGCCAACGCCCGAGGAGGAGGAGAAGGCCAAGAGCCUUCAGCUUCCACCCACCUUCUUUUGUGGCCUGAGCACCAGUGACAGCGACCAGGAUUGUGACAAAGCGGAGGACUUUGAGACAGAAGUCCAUAAGGCUCAACAGGAACUGGUUGUUUGGGAGGAAAAAACAACACCUGAAGAGGAAAAGGCCAAGAGCCUUCAGCUUCCACCCAACUUCUUUUGUGGCCUCAGCACCACUGACAGCGACCAGGAUUGUGACAAGGCAGAGGACUUUAAUGCAGAAGUCCACAAGGCCCAACAGGAACUGGAUGCCCAAUUAAACACAGCUGAAGAAGUACCCAGUACCCCUUCUGAAAAGAAGACAUCUGAUCUGAACCCGAGCUGCAAGUCCAGCACAGAGGAAGACCCGUCAAGGCAGCCAGCAAAUGUGCAGACACAAACUCCAAGUAACAACGUUUCUCCAAUCGACCUGUCAAAUAAGGCCGAGCAAGAGACCCCCACUGCCUUCUCUGCUGUCCCCUUUGGUGCCCCUCCUGCUAUCACAAGUACAGGUACACCCAGCUUUGGCUUCACCACAGCCGAGGGCUUCUCUUUUGCUGACCUGGCCAAAAAUACAGAAACCUUUGCAUUUGGAAGAAAAGAUUCCAACUUCUCUUGGGCAAAUGCAGGCGCAGCUGUAUUUGCUCCCUCAGGGCCUACAUCAGCCAACAACGAUGAAUGCGCAAGUGAAGAAGAGGACUCGCCGAAAAAUGUUGACAUACACUUUGAGCCUAUCGUGUCACUUCCAGAGGUGCAAACCAAGUCUGGAGAGGAGGAUGAAGAAAUCCUCUUCAAGGAGCGCACCAGGUUGUACCGAUGGGACAGGGAGCUCAGCCAGUGGAAGGAGCGUGGCAUCGGCGACAUCAAGAUCCUCUACCACCCGGCCAAGCGUUUCUACCGGAUCCUCAUGCGGAGGGAGCAAGUGUUCCGGGUUUGCGCCAAUCACAUCAUCACGCAGGCGAUGGAGCUGAAGCCCAUGAACACUUCAGCCAAUGCUCUCAUUUGGACCGCCACAGACUACUCGGACAGCGCUGAGGGUGCCGUGGAGCAGCUCGCAGCCAAGUUCAAAACCCCUGAGAUCGCCGCUUCCUUCAAGAAGACCUUCUCCCAAUGCCGAAGCCACAUCAGCCAAAACGACGACGCCUUGUGCAGCCCCACACCGGUGAUAUCAAGAAUUCAGGAGCAUUCCAGAGACUCCAACCCGAAAGUGUUCCUCGCCGUGGAGGCGGACGGCGAACUGCUCGGCACCAUCACAGUCGAGCUCUUCUCUCACCUCGUUCCCAAGACUGCAGAAAACUUUCGGGCCCUCUGUACAGGAGAGAGAGGCUUCGGGCUGAGGGGCUCCAUCUUCCACAGGGUCAUACCGGACUUCAUGUGUCAGGGCGGCGACAUUACCAACAGUGACGGGACAGGCGGAAAGUCCAUCUACGGCGCCAAGUUCGAGGACGAGAACUUCGACAUCCGUCACACGGGCCCGGGCAUCCUGUCCAUGGCCAACCGCGGCCGUGAUACCAACAACUCCCAGUUCUUCAUCACAAUGAAAAAGGCAGAACACCUGGACUUUAAGCAUGUGGCUUUUGGCUGGGUUCGACAGGGCAUAGAAGUAGUUCAAAAGAUGGGGGAGCUCGGCACAAAGGGAGGUAUUCCCUCCAAGAAGCUUCUCAUUGCUGACUGUGGACAGAUUUAGAUUUCUUGAACAUUUUAAGAUCACGCAGUCCAAUGAUAUCAAAGAUUUACACACUGACCACAGCACUACUGGUCAAGAGCCACAGAUAUUUUGUAGGUGACAUUAAGAUCUCAUAAUUGAAAUUGUCUAUAUAAUUGUACAUUGACUUUUUUAAGUUGUUUUUUUGUCUUGCAUGUGAUUAAUUUGAGUGUUGGUACUCAUUACACACAUACACUGCCCAUUCGAUCAAUCUGUAGUUGGAACUUAAAUUGAAUAUUUGAAAGCGCCAUUGCUUUCUAACUUUCCCUGCCAUCUCCCUGUUCCAUGAAGACUUCCUCAUAUUGUCUGUAUCCUACCCGGUAUUCACCGUUCCCUUCAAAAAAACCCUGGAGGAUGGGUUCAUGCAAAGGAUCUCAGUUCAAAAUUCCUUAUGCCACAGAAUAAAGUUGCUUUAUGACUAAUAAAUGUACAUCUUUUGGCAUCACCGUUUUCCUUAUGUGACCAAAAAAAACAGCCUAGAUGUAUUUUUUAGGUUGUUGCCAGGACAGAAAAUGGAUGGGUGAAUGUUUUUCACAUCAACUGCAAAGCUGACAGUUUUGAUGGCAUAAAAGUCAACCCUAUCCGAUAGCUGUUAUGUACAGUGAAGAAAAUGAGUAUUUUAACACCCUGCUAUAGUGCAAGUUCUGCCACUUAGAAAUCAUGGGUCUGAAAUUUUUGUUGUAGGUGCAUGUCCACUGUGAGAGAGAUGAUCUAAAGAGAAAAUCCAGAAAUCACAAAGUAUGAUUUUUUUUUUUUUUUCAAUGAUUUGUGUGAUACUGCUGCAAAUAAGUAUUUGAACACCUAUCAGCUAUAAUUCUGACCCUCAAACACCUGUAGUCUACCUUUAAAAGUCCACCUCCACAUAUGUGAGGUUGUUAGCUGCAUAAAGACACCUGUCCACCCCAUACAAUCAGAAAGACUCAAACUUGUAACAUGGCCAAGACCAAAGAGCUGUCCAGAGACACCAGGGACAAAAUUGUACAACUCCAUUUGUAUAAAUACAGAAAAGUCAUGGGAGAAAGAGGAUGACCGCAGCCAUGUAUUGUGAGAUUUUUGGGGAACAACCUCUUUCUCUCAGUCAGAGCAUUGAAGAUGUGUCGCGGCUGGGUCUUUCAACAUGACAAUGACCCGAAGCACACAGCCAGGAUAACCAAGAACUGGAUCCGGAAGAAGCAUAUCAAAGUUCUGGCGUGGCCUACCCAGUCUCCAGACCUAAACCCAAUUGAAAAUUUUGGGAGGGAGCUGAAACUCCCUGUUUCUCAGCGACAGCCCAGAAACCUGUCUGAUCUUGAGAAGAUUUGUGUGGAGGAGUGGGACAAAAUCCCUCCUGCAAAGUGCAAACCUGGUGAACAACUACAGGAAACGUUUGACCUGUAAUUGCAAACAAAGGCAACCGGACCAAAUAUUAACAUUGAUUUUCACAGGUGUUCACACACUUAUUUGCAGCAGUAACAUACAAAUAAAUUCC